AUGGACAUGAGCUGGGAGCACAAUGACGGCGUCAACCAAGACCCUGUCUCGAAAUUCCCCGGCGUGGUCACCUCUCUACUCGUUGGGUCGUUGAUUUCCCUCACGAUAAUAAUCAUAAGAGGACGCUGGAAAGUACCACCACAUUACCCAAAAGACAUUCCAUUCCUAGGAGACAAGAAAGGGUAUGUCUCAAGGUGGAGAGCAUGUUAUCAAGGAUGGCCCGUCCUCUCACCAAAGGUGAAAGAGGGGUACGAGAAGGUCUGUUUCUCCUACCGGAGACACGCCUCCGGAUUGACUGACGCUGUAGGUGUAAAGUUCAAUCGAUUCGAUCAGCCAUAUAUUCUCCCUACUUUCUUUCUACGGUCUCAAGUAAUGCUGCCAGCCAAGGACAUUGAAUGGCUCAUGCGGCUACCUGAGACCGUUGUCUCGAUAUCUGAGUUGCAAAACGACAACGUGAGCCUGUCCCAUAUAUCUACUCUCACGCGCCCAAUUCCCGGAGAGAAACCUCUCAUGGCCGCUCUUCAUACUCACGUCAAUCGACACAUGAGCCGCAUCCAGGGGGAUGUUUAUGAAGAGCUCAGCAAGAGCAUUGACGUGGAAUUUGGGACUGAUAGCUCGCACUGGCGAGCAGUCCCAGUUGCCCAAGCGAUGUCAAAUAUCGUACUGAGUGUCAGUGCGCGCGUUGUCUUUGGCCGUCCUAUCUGUCGCGAUGAACAGUGGCUACGUUCUGCUGAAAGAACUACCAACUUCCUUGGUGCUGCGAUGAUCAGUGGGCAACUGGUGCCAUGGUUUAUCCAGCCUGUUAUCAGCCCAUUUCUCAAGUUCAUCUGUGACUUUGUACGCCAGCGGUGCUUCUUGUCCAUCAGGCCAACGCUACAGAGCUGGUAUGAGCAGAUCUUGCAAGAACGGAGAGAUGGCGCUCAGAAUCCGGAUGUACCGUAUAAUUUUGCAACAACUCUCAUGAGGACUGCUCUGAAGGUUGAUGAUAAAAAGCGCAUGGAUGCCCCUAUGAUGUUCGACCUGAUUCUGUUUACGGCUUUGCUCCCAUUCAAGGCUUCAGCACUGACCUCUACAGCUACGCUCCUCGACAUAGCAAGUUCUGCACCAGAGCAAGAUGUGUACAAAACCCUCCGGAAGGAGGCAGCCCGAGAUCUUGAAUCGGAUGCGGACUGGCACAACCUCGCAUCAUUUGCAAAUAUGCCCCAUAUUGAGAGUGUAGUUAGGGAAUCACUACGCCUGAAUCCAACGCAGGGACGAGCCUUGAACAGGGAGGUUGUUCAAAAGUCAGGGCUAGAUUUACCGAGUGGACAGCAUGUGCCUAAAGGCACCUGGCUGGGAGCAUCAAGCAUGGGGAUCCACCUGGAUGGCAGGUUCUACCCUGACGCAAGAACAUACAAGCCCUUCCGAUUCACCAAGGGCUCUGAGCCAAAUAGCAUUCAAGUGGGAGGCGAAAGCUCUAGCAGUUCAAUGGAGGCUGACCAGCUCAAUGCACCUCUUCUUUCUUUUGGAGGAGGGCGACACCGUUGCGCGGGACAAGCGUUCGCCUAUCAUUUGAAUAAGCUUCUGGUUUCAUAUAUCGUGACGCACUAUGAUAUGCAGCCAUUGGAUUCAAGACCGUCGAAUUGGGAAAUCGGUGACAAUAUAUUACCCCCGAGAAACGCGGUUAUCAAUGUCCGCCGUAUCCCUGGGAAAUAG